UUUCGAUCUGUAGCAUUUCGUACUAAUGUGAACUUAGUUGGCAGACAACUGUAAAAAUCACUAAACUUGACUUGGAUUUAAGGAUAAUGGAGACACCAACUCUCACUAAAGAGGAGUGUGAAUCUUUUCUCACUGACAUUCUACAAAUUCCUGACUGGAAUGACCAGCUACAGAAAGACAGGGCAGAACUCCUAAAUCAUUUAAUGAUCAAGUACCAACAGAAUCAACCAUUUCAGACACUGACAUUAUUGAGGAUAGAUCCUAAAGAUAGGAAGGUCCCAAUGUGGCAAGAAAUAAAAACUGCCAUUUUAGCUAAGGAAGGAGGUCUGUGUCACACAUCGAAUACAUUUAUGUGGGCAUUGCUGAAAGCUCUUGGAUAUGAUGUAUAUCUAUCUGUAUCAAGUGUUAUCACCCAGCGCGAUGAGCAAUACUUAAAGAAAAAUUUGGAUCAUACAAUAGUGAUAGUCCGGGAUCUGGUGGUUAAGGGGAGUUUGCAUGUUGUGGACUGUGCGCUUGGUCUGCCAAUACGCCAGGCGGUUAUGAUCAAGGACCCGACUCAAGAUCAAGCCAGCCUCAAUGAUAUCAUUUAUCAAGGUUCAGGUGAAAUCUACAAAUAUGUAAGAACAGAUGAUAAUCUAUGCAUUAGAUAUCACAUACUCAAAAAAGACAAAAUGGAACAAAAAGAAUUGACCAAUGACUGGAAAUUAUCCUAUUGGUUCAAUAUCCAACCAAACAAUUUCGCAGACUUUUAUGAUACCUCUUUCAUGAGAAUUUACCUUGGUGAAAAAGGUCCUACUGAGGAAAUACACCGUUUUCACUAUUACAUACUACUAACACGGUUGAAUAGAGAAAAGAGAAGGAUCACUAUUCGAAACCAGGAACUCCUUGUUGAGAAUGAUGAACACAUCAUGGAUACCACCGACAUCCCGUCACAUGAGAUCCGUGAUUACAUUCUCAAAUACUUCCCAGCAUUCAAAGGCAAGGAGAAUAUUAUAGAGGAGGCAUUCACAAAUAUGCAGAAAACGAGGGACAAACUAUCUAUCACAUCCUUGGAUUUAAAGGGAAAAAGACUAUAAUAGAGAAGACAUUUGAUUAAGCAGUUAAAAUUAGUUCCACCUUCGAGAGUUAUGAAAGCUGAUUGAUAUAUCCAAAUGAGAACACUGUAGUCUCAAAAAGAUUGUCACAUUGGCCUAAUCAUGAAGAUCGUCAACGUAUCAAAAUAUGUAAAUUGCGUCUUUGUUAAUAUACCAAACAUAGAACCGCUUGCAUAUUCUCAAACUAGACUACAUGUAUCUUCCUUGGCUUUGAGCCAAAUUAUUAUCCACAACUUGACUUAUAAGCAUGGUGUUAAUCGAGGAAAUAAAAAUAUCUUACCGAAAAUGAAGCCUGGAAGUUCUUCCAUCUUGUUACGCUGACGUAUCGUCAAGAUAAAGCAAUAAUUGAUUCUUUGAAGAGUGGUAAAUGAUAAGGCAAGAUGUGGCUCAGCAUUUUUAGG